AUGGAUACGGUUAUGGAUGCUGUUCGUCGUGAGGCAGAACAGGCCGAUUCCUUACAAGGAUUUCAAGUAGCCCACUCACUCGGUGGUGGUACUGGUAGUGGUCUCGGUACUCUUCUUCUUAACAGAAUUCGUGAGGAGUAUAGUGAUAGAAUGUUGAGUACCUAUUCAGUCCUUCCAUCUCCUAAAGUAUCAGACACUGUUACUGAACCUUACAAUGCAGUUCUUUCCUUCCACCAACUUGUUGAGAACUCUGAUGCCACUUACUGCUUGGAUAAUGAGGCUCUUUAUGAUAUUUGCUCAAAGACUUUGGGCAUUCAGCAGCCCACUCACAACGAGUUGAAUCAGCUGAUCGCCAUGGUCAUGUCAGGCGUCACCACUUGCUUAAGAUACCCUGGCCAAUUGAAUGGUGAUUUACGAAAACUGGCAGUCAAUUUGGUUCCAUUCCCUAGAUUGCAUUUCUUUACCGUUGGUUUCGCUCCACUCUUCUCUAAGGGAUCUCGCGCGUUUCAUAAUCUCACUGUUCCUGAGCUAACUCAACAACUUUACAACCCAGCCAAUAUUAUGGCUGCUUGUAAUCCAUUCCAUGGAAGAUAUUUGACUAUCUCAACUAUUUUCAGAGGAAAAGUUGCCAUGAAAGAGGUUGAAGACGCUAAUUAUGCUGCUCGUACCAAGAACUCUGCUUAUUUUGUGGAAUGGAUUCCCAAUAACUUCCAAACCUCAGUUUGUAAUAUCCCACCUAAGGGUCUCACUACUUCCGCAACAUUCAUUGCGAACACCACUGCUGUACAAGAAUUAUUUUCCAGAACUUCCGCUCAAUUUUCUGCCAUGUUCAAGAGAAGAGCCUUCCUUCACUGGUAUACUGGUGAAGGUAUGGAACAGGCUGAAUUUACCGAGGCUGAGUCCAAUCUAAACGACUUGAUCUCGGAAUAUCAACAAUACCAAAAUGCUACGGCGGAUGACGAUGAGGUCGAUGGUGAAUAUCUUGAGGAAGAGCAGUAUUUGGAUGAUGAUGGAGCAAUGGAUUACAAUGGCACAGAGCAGUAA